CCAAUCCGGGCGGCGGGAUGGCGGCGCUGUACGCCUGCACCAAGUGCCACCAGCGCUUCCCCUUCGAGGCGCUCAGCCAGGGCCAGCAGCUCUGCAAGGAGUGCCGGAUUGCACACCCCAUUGUCAAAUGCACUUACUGCAGGACUGAAUUCCAGCAGGAAAGCAAAACCAACACAAUAUGCAAGAAGUGCGCUCAGAAUGUGAAGCUCUACGGCACACCCAAACCCUGCCAGUACUGCAACAUCAUAGCAGCAUUUAUUGGAAACAAGUGCCAGCGGUGCACAAACUCGGAGAAGAAGUAUGGCCCUCCACACUCCUGUGAGCAGUGCAAGCAGCAGUGUGCCUUUGACAGGAAGGAUGAUAGGAAAAAGGUGGAUGGGAAGCUGCUGUGCUGGUUGUGCACGCUGUCCUACAAACGGGUCCUACAGAAGACCAAAGAGCAGUGCAAACACCUGAGCAGCUCCUCCCGAGCAGGCCUGCAGGAGAAGGAACAGUACAGCAGGCUCAGCAGUGGCAGCCACUACAACAGCCAGAAAACCCUAUCCACCUCUUCUAUUCAGAAUGAAAUCCCAAAGAAGAAAGCCAAGUUUGAUGCUAUAUCUGCCAAUGGUGACAGCGUUCCUUCCUCUCCCGAGAUGCUUUGUCCCCCUAUCCAGAGUGCCCCGUCCACGCUGGCGCCGUGGGCUGCUUCCCAACAGAGUCUCGGUGCCCACCAUUGUCCUGUUUCUCAAGGCACUGACAUCCUGAAUUUUUCUCCAGACCUCGCCCUGGACUCUCCUGGCACUGACCACUUUGUUAUCAUUGCCCAGCUGAAGGAGGAAGUGGCUACUCUAAAGAAGAUGCUGCACCAGAAAGACCAGAUGAUUUUGGAGAAGGAGAAGAAGAUCACCGAGCUGAAAGCUGACCUGCAGUACCAGGAGUCGCAGAUGAGGGCAAAGAUGAACCAGAUGGAGAAGACACACAAGGAGGUCAUGGAGCAGUUACAGGGCCCCUGGCAAGGAUCUGGAGCUCUUUUGCAGCCUAAUAGCAUGUACCUGCAGCAGAACUAAACCUGCUCAAGCAGAAGUCAGCCGACUUAACCAGCCUGGUAAUUACUCAGCACCACAUUCCCUUCCAUUCCUCCCUCAUUGCUGGGCUUUCCUGGGAGCAGUGGGGGCAACAGGCUUUAAAAUGGGCUUUAAAGAACCCCAACACUGAGGAUCUUUAAAUCCUUUCACGCUGUAGUAAGUGAUGUGCUGUAGCUGAGCCAGGAGAGGAGAGCAGCAGCCUUGGGCUGGAGAUGAAGGGAACAAACUGGCAGUGAGACCUGCUCCUUUGGGAUGGAGUUUUUCUCUUUUUCACAAGAUUUCCAUGAAGAAAACUCAGCUGCCCUUUGCCUUCUUCCAAAGGGAAUCUCCAGAGCUCCAGGAGUCCAAAGGUGUUUUGGCUGUAACCCCCGUCCUUACCAGUUCUGGACCAGCUCCACUGUGUUCAGUCCCUGCUCCCAGAGCACGUGGGGAUAGCAGCUCCCUCCUAUUGCUAUUCCCAAAGCUUCCAGAGCAGUGAGGAUCACAAACCAGUAGGAACCAUUGUUUCUAAGGUAUUUAUGCUGGAGAAGACGUGUCCAUCCUCCUUUGGUAUAGAAACACCGAUGGAGCAGGAUGCUCCUGUUGGCCUCGCAGGUGCUGCAGUACCAAGGACCACAUUAGCAGUGACCUCUAUGGCUCCAAACGCUGCAGCUGCAGAGGAAUCUUCUCCCCACAAAGGGGUGGGCUUCCAUCUUCCAGCUCCCCAAGGCUUGGGGCUGGUGGGUUUUCCCACUGGAGGCUGUUAGUGGGGAGGUGUGGGGUGACCAGCCAUGGGGGUGAUCCAGCUCCCACAUCUUCCUACAGGAGUGGGGCAUGUGAGGAAGGGAAACACUUAAUGAUGGGUGUCUUAUCUGCUCCAGGGGCUCCCUAUGGACAGUCCCUGCAUGGUCUCUGCUGCUUCCCUUUGUCCUCAGAGUCCAGGCUGGCCAAAACCACAGACCUGGUGAUGUCCCAAACAGUUGUCCCCAGUCAACCUUGCUGUUUGCUCUAAGGUGACUUAUGUUGAGCAAUAGGCAUUGCCUCUCUGCUCAGCUUCCUUGCAGCUCUUCGACCCAAGCGAGACUUGUCCAGUCAGCGUCUCGAGCACUGUCAGUCCCUAAGGAAUUGCUGAGCAGUCGCUUGUUUCCCAUGAUUGGUGGUGCUGGGAACAGGGUGGUUGGGUUCAGCUCUCGGGUUCCUCUCUCGAGGAAAUGUUGCAUCUCCUUUGUCACCCUUUUUCCAAGGAAUAUUGCAUUGGGCCUCACUGGAAUGCUGCUGUGUGCCUGGGAUCAACCAGCAGGGAGAAACCCUCCUCCAGUUGUAAUUCCUUGAGGAGUAAGUGGGCAACAGAGCCUGGAGCACAAGUCUGAGGAGGAAUGGCUGAGGGACCUGGUGAAGGCUCAGGGGGACCUUAUUGCUCUCUACAAGUACCUGACAGGAGGUUGCAGUGAGGUGGGAUCAGUCUCUGCUCCCAAGAAACAAGGAAUGGGACAAGAGGAAACAGCCUCAAGCUGCACCAGGGAAGGUUUAGAUGGAGACUGGGGACUAUUCCUUCCUCAAAGGGUGCUCAGGCAUUGGAACAGGCUGCCCAGGGCAGUGCUGGAGUCACCGUCCGUUGGAAGUGUUCAAGGCCAGGUUGAACAGGGCUUGGAGCAACCUGCUCUAGUGGAAGGUGUCCCUGCCCUGGGUGUGCUUUAAGGUCCCUUUCAACCCAAACCACUCCAGGAUUCUGGCACCCGCAUGGCAAGGUGCAAACUCUGGUGCUUAUCGGCUGGGAUGGGCUGACCUGGGGCUGUGGAACAGAUGGGAUUAAUUGUGGGCUGCUCUGCUCUUGCUCCCUGCACCAGCGUGCCAGCUCCGGGGAAAACAUCCUCCUGGCACAGCCUUUGCUGUCUUCUGAUGGGAUAUUUUUACAUCGGGUACUUGGCAGCAUCUCCAGCGGGAUCACUGCCUGGAGAGGUGAGCCCACCUCUCACCACAGCCCCGUGGUCCCUGUGGCCCUGUCAACGUGUCACCCUCGUGUCCAGAGCUUUUGGGGGGGGACGGAAAGGGGAGAGCAGAAACAGCAAAACACCCCUAUAAAUAGCAGCAGGGUGUUGGGUGUCUGAGCCGCGCCGGGAAGGGGACAAGGACAAGGAGCAGCCGUCCAGGGGGCAUCUGACACUCUUGGCUGUGCCGCCACAUUGAGUUCAUGCCAUGCUGGGUUAAUGGGCCGGAGCUCGGGCCCGGAGCUGCUGGAAGCUGUUUCCAGGCAAAUCCGGAGUUGUUUGUGCAGCAGCUCCCAUGGGCUGGACUUUGCCGUGUGCAGGCUGCCGAGCAGCAGCAGGCUGUUAUCAGUGCAGCCGUCGGUGGCUGCCCGCGGCGGGGGGAUGAGGGGG